AUGAUGAUGAUGAAAGCCUUUAUAUGGAAUAUAAGAUCUGUUAGAACUCAGCAAGCAUUUCACAUGCUUCAAAUGUUGCAUAGACAUCAUCAAUUCACUUUCGUAGCUCUGAUGGAACCUUUCCAACAGGCAAGGAAUGUUGAAGUCUAUAAGAGGAAACUAGGAAUGAAUAUUGCUGGUGCAAAUAGUACUGGCAAAAUUUGGUAUUUUAUUGAGGUCAAUGUUGAUGUGCAAGUUUUGUUAGAUACAACUCAACAAAUCUCUUUUAAAUUAGUGCUUCUUGAUCAGAAUAAAUCUUUGGUUAUUACUUUAGUAUAUGCUAAAUGUAAUGAAUCAGAGAGGUUGCACUUAUGGGAUGACAUUUAUCAGGUGGCAGACUCUAUUAAUCUUCCACGGCUUGUUGGAGGGGAUUUUAAUGUAGUUUUACAUGAAGAUGAGAAGAUAGGUGGGAUUCCAAUCCAACCUCAAGACUAUGAAGAUUUUGCUUUCUGUGUAAAUUCCUCUAAAUUGAUGGACACCAGUUUCAGAGACAGUCAUUUUACUUGGUGGAAUGGUAGAGGAGGUGCAGACUGCAUCUUUAAGAGGUUGGAUAGAGUUUUCAUUACUCAACAAUUUCAGCAAUGGUUUGCACAAGUAGAAGUUGAACAUCUCACAAGGACAGGUUCUGACCAUGCUCAUUUGUUCAUUACAUUGGGAGAACAAAGUCAGGCAUCUAUUAGACCAUUCAAAUUUUUGAAGUUUUUGACUGAGCAUCAAGGAUUCUUGAGCAUAGUUAGGGAUAAUUGGUCAAGUAAUCUGGAUGGCAAUCCUUUUAUGUUGUUUAAACAGAAAUUGAAGCAUAUAAAAAAGAUUCUGUCUGCAUGGAGCAAGGAAGUUUAUGGGGAUAUUUUCAAGCAGCUGAUUAUUAGAGAAGAAAUUGUGAGGAUCAAAGAAGAACUUUUUGAAGGGGAUCCUUCUCCUUUGAACAGAAUGGAAUUCUGGAGGCAGUGGAGGCAGAAGGCUAAUGUUACUUGGUGUGCUGAAGGGGAUAGAAAUACAAUAUCUGAGGAAGAUAAUGAAUUAUUAGUUGUUGUUCCUACUGCUGAUGAAGUCAAACAAGCAGUGUUUGCUUUGAAUGGGGAUAGUGCUUGUGGUCGUGGUGGAUUAACAACCACUUUUUUCAGGCUUGUUGGCAUAUUGUUGGCCCAGAUGUGCUUAAUGUGGUUAAAGCCUUUUAUGAUGGUCACAAUCUUCCUAAAUCCAUCAUUCAUACAAAUUUGGUUCUUUUACCAAAAAAAAGUUCUUACAAGGGCCUUGAACAACUUGUUUGAUGAUCCUAUGUAUAGAGGCUUUGGCAUGCCUAAAUGGAGUGCAUAUCUAAAUCAUAUGGCAUAUGCAGAUGACACCAUAAUCUUUACCUCAGCUGGCAGAUACUCAUUGAAAUUAGUAAUGGAAGUGUUGCUAAAUUAUGAGACUAUCUCCGGGCAAAGAAUGAAUAGAGAUAAGAGUUGUUUUUACAUGUAUAAAACCUGUGCAAUGAGUCUAGUUCAAGAUGUGACACAAACCACUGGUUUUACAAAAGUCCCUACAAGGUACACUAUUCAAGAGUUACAUAGAGUAUUUACCAGGUUUUAUUGGAGUAACAAAGAAGAUAAAAGGAAUAGACAUUGGGCCUCUUGGUUAAAUAUGUGCUAUCCAAGACAAGAAGGUGGCAUGGGAUUUAGAUAUCUAUUUGAUGUUUCAAAAGCACUCUUUGCUAAGCUAUGGUGGAGGUUCAGGACUAGCUGCACUUUAUGGUCCACAUUUAUAUGGAACAAAUACUGCAAAAGGCAAAUUCCAACUCUAGUAGGGUGGAAGGGAGGAUCUCAGCUCUGGAAAAAAAUGCUAGAAGCUAGGGAUGAUAUUGAACAUGCCAUUUGGUGGGAGCCUAGAAAUGGCUCAUCUAGCUUUUGGUUUGAUAACUGGACUAGGAUAGGACCUUUGGUUAAGCUGAUACCUGCUAGUUUUCAACUCAAUGAAGAUAUUGAGUUGAAUAUAUUGAAGAUGUGA